AUGUCCUCGAUUAUUGCUUCUCAUAUCCCCACCACCAUUUCCAAUGAAAAACUCCAGGAGUUUUUCGGAUUUUGUGGGAAAAUCAAGUCAAUCAACUUGUUAGAUAAGGAUGAUAAAUUCCAAAAAUACCAAAUUACUUUUGAAUCACCCAAAGCCUUGAGUACUGCAGUUUUAUUGAACGAUGCUGAAUUGGACGGAGUUCCAAUUAUAGUGGAGGAAGAACCAAAGGGAAUAGUGGAACAACCCCAAGCAUUACACGAAGACCCACCAAGUUAUGAAGCCACCGAAAAAAGUUCCAUUGAAGACCACAAGAUUCAAUCCAAUGCUACAUUAACGGGUGACGAUAACUACGAUGAUAUUACCCAAGAAGAAAAACCCAAAUCGGCUAUAUUGGCCCAAUUAUUAUCGCAAGGAUAUAAUUUAAGUGAUCAAUUGAUUGAAAAAUCAAUUAAAUUCGAUAAUGAAAAGGGAUACACCACUAAAUUUAAAUCUUUCUUGAAUAAUUUGGAUUCAAAAUACUUGCAUUUACAAGAACCAGAAUCUUCUGCAAGUAAGAAUCUUAAUUCGAUUUCAAAUAAAUUCAAUUCAUUGGCCAGCUCAUUCCAAGGAUCUAAAUACCAACAGAAGUUGAGUCAUUAUUACGAAAAGGCCUCAAGUCAUCCUUAUGGAGUUAAAGUCCAUGAUUUUUAUAAAAACUUACAUAAAGAUGUCAUUGACGUUCAUAAUGAAGCUAAAAGAUUGAAUGAAUUGAAGAAAAAUAACUUGGAAUCAGAACAAGCUACUGCUAACGCUGCUGCUGCAAUCAAUACCGCCAAUUAA